CGCUGCUCCAGACGAGGUGCACUGAGAGGUGGCUGGUACCAGGAAGACAGCAGUCCCAGCCUCCCUUGAAGUUAGGUUAGGGCAUGUGACCAAUUCCGGCCACUGGUCCAUUUAAGAGCCGGCACGACACUCCUGUGCUCUCCGUUCGACUCAGUGAUGGGCCAUCGUGGAGGCACAAAACGGAAGCCAUGUGAAUCACAGAGUCACCUGACUCAGAACAGACUUCUCAUCAGCAAAACAAGAAACCCUCGCGCUCGGCCAUGGAAAUGUCUGGGUUCAUCACCGCGGCUGAGCUGAGCCCUCCUGACUCAGACAGAUCGGAAGCUGGUGCUCUCAGACGACGCAAGGGCGCGGAGAAGAGGGAUUCUCUACCUGCUGCUCUGACUUUCCCCACCAACAGCUACCGUGUUUGGCCUUGAUGUUUACCUGGAAUGGCUUACCUGGAUGGUUACCGUGCUGGGGCGACACCUGAUGCGAUGUAGGCUGAACGCAACUAGGGAAGGCGGUUCUCGGCUGUUCCCUGCGAGCCCGCGGACACCACUCGAGAUGUCCCCUUUUGGUGGCUGGGGACUGCUCUCAGCCUUUCUCGCCCUGCUCUGCUGCACAGGGUCUGGCGAGGAGGCGUUCGAGGUACGCAUGUGGCCAGAGCAGCUGAUGGUGGAGUCUGGGGAGUCUCAGGUGAUUAACUGUAGUACCACCUGUACGCAGCCCAACGCCGGUGGUCUGGAGACCACCCUACACAAGACUCUCCUGGAGGAACAGGCUCAGUGGAAGCUGUAUGAGGUCUUCAACGUCUCCCAGGACACAGAUGUCAUUUGCCAUUUCACCUGCUCCGGGAAGCAGGAGUCCAGGAGUCUGAACAUCAGUGUGUUCUACCCUCCAAAGCAAGUGCUGCUGAAGUUAUGGCCCACUUUAGUGGCUGUAGGGAGAUCGUUCACCAUCCAGUGCAGAGUGCCCUCUGUGGCACCCCUCGAAGGUCUCACUGUCACCCUGCUCCGUGGCAGUGAGAUCGUAUACAACCAGACCUUUGUGGGGACAACACUUUCCCCCCAAGAGGCCAUGGUCACCCACAACACCACGGCUCACAGGGAAGACGACCGCCACAACUUCUCCUGCAGGGCCGAGAUGGACCUGCGCUCUCGCGGCGGGGACCUCGUUCACAGCGUCUCAGAUCCCCAGGCGCUCGACGUCUAUGAGCCUGCACAGGACAACCAGACGGUCAUCAUCAUCACGGUCGUGUCAGUGCUGCUCUUCUUGUUUGUGACAUCUGUCCUGCUGUGCUUUGUCUUUGGCCAGCAGUGGCACCAGAGGCGGACAGGUACCUACGGGGUGCAAGCUGCUUGGAGGAGGCUGAGGUGGGCCUACCGGGCAUAGCCUACGUGAGCGGCGUGGCCACCAGCAUGGCAGCCACUGGAACUCAGCACGGCUCCUUAGGGUUGUGGUUCAGCCCUGGCUGAAGGCCCGUGCCAAGCAGCAGAGGACUUCAGGGACCCUGCCUUUUCUAGUCUGAAUACAAACACCCGGACUUAACCCUGUGCCUCAGUGUCUCCUCCUGGGAAUGGUCAGGAAGGGGAGCCACCAGGCCCGGCUGGACUUCGGUCUCCAAAUGUCCCCUCAGCCUCCCUCCACCCUCUCCUUCACGGGGGCCUUCCAGAGCCCCGGGGAGCCCAGGCCCUGGGGCGCCCCCAUGCUGACCAACCCAGGCACCAGACGCCCACCCUCAUCGGACACUGAGUGACUCAUUCCUACUGAGGGAGGGUGGGGAGAUGCACCCUGGCCCAGAGGGGCAGAGAGACACUCUGUUCCCACGUGGCCCUCUGGGACCGCAGGCCCUCCGUGUCAGAGCAGGGCAUGGCUCUGACCUUUCCUUUCUGUCAACAGAGCCAGCUUCCAGGGGUAAGCAUGGGGGCCCCAAGGGCUCAGCUUCAGGAUCUCCUCAGCCAGGCCUCCCCCAUCACUCUGGGCCUUCAGAGAGCCACGGACAACAAAAGCAGUCCUCGCCUCUUACCUCCUGCUCCGUUAUUGGGCCAACCCGAGACGCCGCAGCGCUGGCCAUCCCCGGGGUGGUGGGUGGGGGAGUGGAGGUCGAGGGAGGGCUCUGGUUCCCAGGCCUCUGCCAGCCCAGGCAGCAAUCACCGGGACAGGCUUGGGCUUUUGUGUGACCGCCAGGGCCUGGGCACUGCUCUAAGGGGCUCUCACCCCGAAGCAGAGAUCAGACUGCUUCAAGGUCUCCGUGGGGUAGAGAGGGGACUGACUGACCUCGGGGAGAGGGCCUAGUUGGGGCUCAGGGGGUAAGAAGGGCUGCCAGGCAUAGGUGCAGGGUUGGAAAAGCAGUAGCGGGGCACACAGGGGCUCCG